AUGGACGCUAUGAAUCUUGAACACGAUGAGGGGCUUACAGUCACCUCUGAAGAAGCCGCCACACUCCGUAGAGUGCUUUCUCGUUUUGAGAGUGGUCUGAACAGGGGAAUCAGGAGCGAGGUAACGGAAGUCGCGCCACAGAAACCGCGAUGUGGAAAUGCCAGCUCACUCGGUAUAUCCGUAUUUGCCGUUGCAAAUACAGAGAUUGCUCUUCAUCUCAUGCAAGUCCGCGGCCUACAACAUACCAACGUCCUCUCUGGCAUCCUCUGGUUUACCGGAGGCGUUGCGUCUUGGGUGUCUUGCAUAUUCGAGCUCCUGAUGGGCAAUACCUUUGCCUACUGCGUGUUUGGUUCCUUUGGUGGUUACUACUUCGCAUAUGCGGCAACUCUUACUCCCGCUUUCGCGAUAGCCGCCGGAUACAGCGAUGCGGCUGAGUAUGCAAACUCCAUAGGAGUCUUCUUUUGCGUGUGA